GCUAGCUAGAUAAAAGCCGUGAGUGACUGACUGCUGCUUAAAGACAUUUAUGUUGGACCAUUUACUUCAACAAAUUGCAAGUAACUGCCAUUGAUGUUUUCUAGAAUGACAGCAGUCAAAUAAGAAGAGUGAUGAGCAACUCUGGGCCGGCAGAGCUGCUGGCAGGCCUCUGCCAUACAGACGAGGAGAAUCCUUUCCCUCUGUGGCAGAAUGGAAACGUUAGCCCCUGUUUCAACCAGCUCGUCCUCGGAGCCUUGCCUAACGCUGCAAUGGCAAUUUUCAGUGCCUGUUAUCUCAGCAUGGCGAGAUGCAGCCUCAUCCAGACGUCUUCUCCGUGUGGGUGGACGCUCAGGAUGGUGUCGGCUCUGCUGGCCAUGUUGCUCUUCAUUGCAGACGUGAUCCUGGUGAGUGUCCUCCAGCAGGGGGACAUGUAUCUGGACAUCCUGGCUGACAGCUGUGCCAUCCUGGCCUGGCUGGUCCACCUUAGUGCCAUAGUAGUGCUCCAGAGGACUGCUUUCAGGAGAACCAGAGGGCCUCCACUGCUGCCUUUCCUUGUUCUUCUUUUAGUCCCCAAUCUUGUCAUCACCUUGUUGAUUUAUUGUGACAACAAGGAUUACUUAAACCUUACUGAACCUCUUAAACUAGCACGAUUUGCUCUUAUCGCAGCACGGACGCUCCCUUUUCUGGUUUACCUCCUUGCGUUUGCUUUUCCUUGCAUCAGGGAUGCUGGGUACACCUUGUAUAUAAAUGCUGUGGACGGAUCGCCGCUCAUCACGGAGAGCACCCAACCAGACACAGGUGACAUGGUGGCUGAGGACGGGAGCAGCUGUAUCUCCAGACUCCUCUACCUGUGGUUGACUCCACUGCUGAAACGAGGGCAGCGAGGGGAGCUGGAUAAGCCAACGGAUGUGUAUCACCUCCCAUGGAAACUUCGGACUAGUGUGGUUUGUCGACAUUUUCAUCAGUGCUGGGAAACCUGUCGGCAAGGGGCAGCAGUCGGUGACGGGCAGGAUCAGUGGCCCAGGCCGGUCAGCAGGAACCUCCUGAAUGGCACGUGGAGUUCACACUACCAGGAGGAAUCACUGGAUCUGGAGGGUGAUGUAGGACUACUGAGGGUGCUGCACAAGGCGUUUGGGUUGCGCUACUACCUCCUUGGUGUGCUGAAGCUGACGGUAAACAUAUCUAGCUUUGCAGGUCCCCUGCUCCUGAACAGUCUGGUCAACUUUAUGGAGGAAAAAGACGCCCCACUCAGCUGGGGUGUCUGGUGCGCCCUGGGACUCUUUGCCUCAACCCUUCUGCGUUCGGUUCUACUAAACAUCUUUGUCUUUGAGGUCUCCAAGGUGGAACUGUCAGCACGCGCUGCUCUUGUGUCGGCCAUCUACGGGAAAGCCUUGCGGGUCAGCAGCUGCAGCCUGGCUGGCUUUACUCUGGGAGAGGUGGUGAACUUGAUGAGCACAGACACAGACCGCGUGGUCAACUUCUUCAAAAGUUUUCACGAAGUAUGGAGUAUGGCCUUCCGGUUUUCCGUCACCCUCUACUUGAUGUAUCUGCAAGUCGGUGUUGCUUUCCUCGGAGGACUGGCCGUCGCUCUGGUGAUGAUACCGUUCAACAAGUUCAUUGCUACCCGCCUCCUCAGCAACAACAAACACAUGCUCAGGUGCAAAGACAAUCGUGUGAAGGUAAUGACAGAGAUCCUGUUUGGCAUUCGUGUCAUCAAGUUCUACAACUGGGAGUCUCAUUUUACCCAGAAGGUUACCGAGUGUCGUAAAGAAGAGCUGUCUCACCUGAAGGCCGUGAAGUACCUGGAUGCUGUGUGUGUGUACACCUGGGCCGCGCUGCCGGUGGUCAUCUCCAUCCUCACCUUUGUCACAUAUGUGUUGCUUGGACACCAGCUGACUGCACCCAAGGUGUUCACCACACUGGCCCUGGUGGGAAUGUUGAUCAUCCCUCUGAAUUAUUUCCCCUGGGUGCUCAAUGGCGUCCUGGAGGCUAAAGUGUCUCUGGAACGAAUCCAGCGCUUCCUCAAACUAACCAACCAGGAUCUGCGGGCGUACUAUGCCCUGGUGUCUCCUGAGGACAGUCAGACGUCGGUCCUGUUGAGCCAGGGGACAUUUUCUUGGCAGGGGCCCAACAGCUGUGACCAGAACAAAGAGGGAGAAACUGAAAGUGAAGCUGCUAAAGGAAGUCUGCAGCUGCACAGUCUCAAUCUGCACAUAACCAAGGGCUCUCUGGUUGUUGUGGUGGGGAAGGUCGGCUGUGGAAAGAGUUCUUUACUGGCUGCUCUCACUGGAGAACUCAAUAGGCUAGGUGGACUGCUCUAUGUGGCAGACAGAGAGUCUGGCUUUGGUCUGGCCUCUCAGGAGCCGUGGAUCCAGCAUGCAUCAGUGCGAGACAACAUCCUGUUUGGCAGAGACUACGAGGCUGCCUUUUACCAGGCUGUGAUCGAUGCCUGUGCGCUCUCGGACGACCUCAAUGUUUUGCCAAAUGGUGACAAGACAGAAGUGGGUGAGAAUGGAGUGACUCUGAGCGGAGGACAGAAAGCCCGGCUAGCCCUCGCCAGAGCUGUCUACAUGGACAAAGACAUCUACCUCCUGGAUGAUCCAUUGGCAGCAGUUGAUACAGAUGUGGCUGAACACCUCAUGAAGAAAUGUAUCAUGGAGCUGCUCAGAGGAAAGACCAGGAUCCUUUGCACACACCGCAUAGAGUUUGUGGACAAAGCUGACAUGGUGGUCCUCAUGGACAACGGAACAAUAAUCCAAACAGGCACUCCAGCAGAGAUCCUUCCUCUGGUAGAGGCGGUGCCGAAAAAACGGAAGAAUGACCACAACAUAAAAGAGAAAGCAGACGGUGUGGAGCAGGAUGAGGAGGAGCCUGGUUCAGCCACUGAUCUGUGUGUGGACAAUGAUCCUGACCUGUUGGGGUUGGAGCAGAAGCAGGUGGGCGGGUUGGCUUGGAGUGUUUACCGGACUUACUGGGUCACUGUGGGCGGACUGUUGGCCACCUCCGUUCUGAUGUCUCUGCUCCUCAUGCAAGCAUCUAAGAAUGCGUCCGACUGGUGGCUGUCCCACUGGAUCUCGGAGUUGAAGAACAAUGGUUCCACCAGCACUAACGGUUCUUCUUCAGCUCUUCUCACUUCACCUCACCUGCUGCUUUUCUCGCCUGGGGGGCUAGUAUCUUCUCUGCCUUCUGUGCAAGCGUUCGUCUCCAACAAGAUGAGCACAGAUGUCAGGUUUUAUCUGACAGUCUACGGCUCCAUCGCAGUGGCCAACACCGUCUUCGCUGCCCUGCGAGCCUUCCUGUUUGCCUAUGGAGUCAUCAGUGCCGCCUCUGCCAUCCACAACAGACUUCUGGAUCGGCUGCUUAAGGCCACAGUGUGCUUCUUCGACACCACCCCUUUGGGCCGCAUACUGAACCGUUUUUCCUCAGACUUGUACUCUGUGGACAACAGCCUGCCGUUCAUCCUGAACAUCCUCCUGUCCAACAUUUUUAACCUGCUGGGCUUGCUGGUGGUGAUAAGCUACGGCCUGCCCUGGGUGCUGGUUCUGCUGCUUCCCCUGACCGUGGUCUAUUACCGAACACAGCACUUCUACAGGCACACCUCUCGGGAGCUGAAGCGCCUUUGCAGCCUCACUCUGUCGCCCAUCUACUCACACUUCUCUGAGACACUGACCGGCCUGGGAACCAUCCGGGCCAGCAGCAGCUCUGCCAGGUUUGAGGAGGAGAAUGCCAGGCGUCUGGAGCAGAACCAGCGCUGCUUGUUCCUUAGCAACGCAGCCAGUCAGUGGCUGAGCAUCCGCCUGCAGCUGAUUGGUGUUACUGUGGUAACAGGCCUUUCAGUGAUUGCUGUCAUUCAGCAUCAGUUUCAUUCUGUUGAUCCAGGCCUGGUGGGUUUGUCCCUGUCCUACGCUCUGUCCAUCACAAUGCUGCUGUCUGGCCUCAUAUUUACCUUCACACAGACUGAAAUGCAGCUGGUGAGUGUGGAGCGAACUGAGGAAUACUCCACCGGCCUUCCGAUCGAGCCACAGCAUCAGAACGCACAGCUGCCUCCUGCAUGGCCUAAGCAGGGCUUGUUGGAGUUUCGUGAUGUGGCUUUGGCCUACAGGGAGGGACUUCCUAACGCAUUGGAUGGAGUGAGCCUGGUUGUGCGACCUGGGGAGAAAAUAGGCAUCGUGGGCCGUACAGGCUCUGGCAAGUCCACCAUGUUCCUGGCACUGUUUCGUAUGGUGGAGCUCAACCAGGGUCAGAUUCUCUUGGAUCAGCUGGACAUUAGCACCGUGGGCUUGGCUCAACUGAGGUCGAGGUUGGCCAUUAUUCCUCAGGACCCCUUUGUGUUCAGCGGGACCAUCAGGGAAAAUCUGGACCCCUGUGGGCAAUACCUGGAACAGCAGCUGCUGGACGUCCUGGACCAGUGUCACCUCAGCGCCGUGGUCAGCAGGAUGGGUGGUCUGGAUGCUGAGGUGGGGGAGAGAGGAAAAUCCUUCUCUGCAGGACAGAAGCAGCUGCUGUGUCUGGCCAGAGCUCUGCUGACACAGGCCAAGGUCCUGUGUAUUGAUGAAGCUACAGCCAGCGUGGAUCACAAGACAGACAAACUGCUGCAACAGACUAUCAGAGAGAAGUUUCAGGACAAGACGGUCCUCACUAUUGCCCACAGGCUCACCACCAUCCUGGACUGUGAUCGGGUGCUGGUGAUGCAAGCUGGAAAGGUGGUGGAGUUUGAUACUCCUGCUGCUCUCUGCCAAACCGACAACUCCAUCUUCCACAGACUGCUCGGUGAUGGAACACAGUGAGAUCAAAGAGAGACACCUGAAGGAAGGAGUUUUUCAAAAUCUGAAGAUGUAAUGUUUUAUGCUUUAUCCUGAACAUGUUUGCUGAGAACUCGUUGGCUUUUACAGCACCGUUCUGAUCCCCCCACACUUAGCACUUUUACAUGACAAAGCUGAGGCACAGGUGGAGCAGAGAAGUGGCUGCUUCUGCUCACAGCUGAUGUAUGUUAUGUUGUGUUUGAUUGUCUCAAAGUAGAACAUUUUUAAUACUGAAACAGACUUGACAAUUUUAUUCUUCCCUGAAUUCCUGAAUUUUAGUCAUUGUAGAUUAAAAAACUUCACUUCCCUUAGGCGGUCUUUUUUGGUCACGGCUGAACAGAAAUCCAAACUAACCUUUCAGCAUAUUAAAAUUCAAGCAAUCUUAGUGGGAACUAAACUUCUGCACCUCUUCAUGGCUCCAUUUUGAGGCUUUAGAAGAUGCAGCAGGCGAUGUGGAGCUUUGGCCGGUCACAGGUCACCAAGGAGCAGGAGAAUGUGUUGGGCUGGUCGGGUUCUAGUCCUGUGUGAAGCUUAAUAUUAGAAAGCACAACUCUAUUUUGUGCUUCAGGGUUUUUUUUCAUCUGGUCUUUUUCUCUUUCUCCUGCAGCUUUAAAUGCCUUUUUUGCCCGUUUCAUCUAAUUUUUGAGGCACAUUUUUAACUAUACAGCAAUACUUUUGCAUCACAUAUUUGUGUAAUUUAUUACUGUGUGUAACUGACAGACUACAUGGACUCAGUCGGUCCGUUAUCAUCCAUCUUUUUAGACCAAAUGAAUUGUUGUUGAUGCAGUGGUUGAUGAGCUUGGUGUUUGGGUGCGUGCGUUUUCCUUGUCGUUGUUUUACUGUUGCAUGCAGUGUGAAGGCGGUUUGGAGGUGCUGGUUUGUCACAGUAUUGCACCUUCAGCUUUGAUCGCCUUGCUUGUACAUCCAUUGCAGUCUGUAGAGGGAAAUGAUCGGCUCGGGCUGUGACCAAUGUGGCAUUUUUUCCACUGUGCAGAGGAUUGUGGGUCAGAACGGAAAUGAAAGCGCGCUGGAUGUAAAAAGACUUCCUGGUAAUUCAGGCGUUCUACAUUUCCAGACUAACUCGUCUUCUUGUAUACUCCACAAUGUACCACCAUACUAUCCUAUACUGCUAUAGUGUGCUACUGGAGUACACGCUGUCUUGCUGUUAAAGGGCUCUGCUUGUCUUUCCCAGCCGGGUGCGCUGGCUGAUGGGAAAUGUAGUCUGUAACUUGAAGGAACUUUAAUGUGAAAGGGGAAAAAAUCUAAAAAUGUAUAUUUUCUGUUAGCUCAUACUUAAAAUAAUUUUUUUUCUAUGUGUUUUGUUGUUUGUUUUUGUCUUGUUAAAUUCAAAGCCAGCUGUAAACACUUUGAAAACAUUUGCCACUAAAUGGAAACACAAACCUCAGCUUCUGUUUCUAAGGUCUUAAUAUGGCUUUUAAACAGUUGGUUCAUACAGAAGACAUAGCAGUGUACAGUCGAAUGUACCAGUGACAUCUUGCAUAUUUACAGUAUAUCCGUCCAUUCAGUCUUCUGAUCCUAGAUCUGGUUAGCUGCAUGAAAUUAAACAUCAUUAGUGUUGCAGGUCAGAGCGUGUUUCAUAAAAAUAACAACUCCCUUUGUGUUCCUCUGGGAAACGGUUCUCUUGAAUUCUGUACUUCUGUUGAUGACACACAGUCCUGUAUGUCUGUUGACAGAAGCCAUGACUCUUAAGAUAGCCACACUACAUUGAUGGCAUUUAAUCACCCAGUGUUGGUGUUUGUUAGAUCUCUAUACUACAUCCAAAAAGAAAAAAAAAAUCUUUUUUGUUUUGUUUUUUAUUCUCAAAUUAUUUUUGCAAGUUUUCUUUUCAGUGGAAAGCACAUUAGCUGUUUGAGCUCAGACGCAAAGUUGAUCAUCAUUAGAAUAUAACUGAUUUUGACUGUUAUGUUGACUUUGUUAAUUUUUUAAGCUGCAUACAGAUUCUCUACAUGUUGUGAUCAUAUUGAAGAAACAAAGGAAUGUUGUUCUAUAACUAGUAAUAUUUUUGUGAGCUUCUCUGUACUUUGUCAUUCAGUCACAAUAAGAUUUAGUCAUUCUGCAAGUGGAGACAGAAAAAUCCAUCCUGUGUUGUUUUUGUCUUUUGUCUCUUUGUAUGUUCUGUCUUUAAAAGUUUGGGGUCACUUAGAAAUGUCCUUAUUUUUGAAAGAAAAGCAUUUUUUUUCUAUGAAGAUAACAUUAAAUGAAUCACAAAUCCA